UACUGAAAAUUUCCAAAAAGCACCAAAAAAAACAUCUUUUCAAUUUUCCUGCACUUUUUUUGCCGCCUCCAUCACUGAAAAAAUGCUCUUCAACUUCCUCUACUAUCAUCUUCAUCACUUUCUCAUAGAAAAUUGCUUCAGAAACCAACUAUGAAAAAGGAGACAUUUUUAAUUUACAAGAAAAGACCAUGGAUGGUGUCAUUAAGAGGAGGUCUUUAUAUGCAAUUGGUUCUUGUUUUCUGCUUUUUCUCUUAGCUUACAACAGUUCCACUGUGUUCUAUGUUCAAGUCCCGGUUCCGGGGAACUCCUCGCCGGAGAUUUCAAGUUUUUUAACUGAAAAUGUCGCCAGAAAAUCAAGAAAGUUGGUUUCUUUAUCUACUUCAGCUAAACUUUCAUCCUCUGUGAUAUAUGCAGUAAAAGAAGAAACCCCACUUGUAAAACCAAACACCCAGUUGAUAAUUUCCCGGAAAAAUCCAAACUUGGUGGGUUUUACAUAUGAUUCAGUGGCUUAUCAACCUAGAAGAAGGAGAAAGAAUAAGCCUUUGGUGAAGGUUCUUCCUUCAGGGGACAGAAUCAAUGUGUUUUCAAUGAGAAUGAAGGAGUUUUUUGGUUCUAAAUCAUCCAAUUCUUCCUGUAAGUUUCGAUUUUUCAUGACUUGGAUUUCUUCCAUUGAAUCUUUUGGUGGAAGGGAACUGUUUGCUGUGGAGAGUCUGUUUAAGGCACACCCAAAUGGCUGUUUGGUCAUUGUGUCUACUUCAAUGGAUUCUCCAAGAGGAAUGCAAGUUUUAAACCCUUUCUUGGAGAAAGGAUUAAGGGUAACUGCAAUUUCACCUGAUUUUAUGUACUUGUUUAAAAAUACUAUUGGUCAAGCCUGGAUUGAUAACUUAAUGAAGGGUAAUAUUGACCCAGGGGAAGUUUCUUUAGGUCAGAAUCUCUCAAAUUUGUUAAGACUUGGUUUACUGUAUAAGUUUGGUGGGAUUUAUUUAGAUACUGAUGUUAUAGUGUUGAAGAGUUUUGGGAAGCUAAGGAAUGUUAUUGGGGCUCAAACUAUUGAUGUUGAAACAAGAAAUUGGAGUAGGUUAAAUAAUGCUGUAAUGAUUUUUGAUAAGAGGCAUCCUUUGUUGUACAAGUUUAUUGAAGAAUUUGCACUUACGUUUGAUGGGAAUAAAUGGGGUCAUAAUGGUCCUUAUUUGGUUUCAAGGGUUGUGUCAAGGGUAAGUGGAAGAGAUGGAUACAAUUUCACUGUUUUUCCCCCAAUGGCUUUUUAUCCAGUUGAUUGGAAUAGGAUUGGUAGUCUCUUUCUUGGGCCGAGGAACGAGACUCAGUCGAAAUGGUUGCUCUUGAAACUCCAGCAGAUUCAGAGUGGAAGUUUGGCAGUGCAUCUUUGGAACAAGCAAAGUAGAGAGCUUGAGGUUGAAGAAGGAAGCAUAAUUCAACAUAUAAUGUCAGAUUGUUGUGUUUUCUGCAAUUCUUACUCAUCAAAGUUGUAAGUAUACACCACGGAAAAUCAGCGUCAGCGUGUUUUAUUCUUCAUUAAUUGUUGUAGGAUUAUGGACCACCUAAGUUCAUUACAUAGGUUGUCUUGAAGAAUCUUAGGUGGUACAGAAGUAAUGCAGGAUUCAUGUAUUCUACUUCAUUGUCUAUGUGAUUGAACAAAUUAUACAAAGAUAGAACAGCAGAAUUAUUGCUAAGUUCCCAUCGACUGAAAUGCUAUUGGCCCCACGAUUUAACUGGAUAAA